AUGAGUGGCAGGGCGACGAUCAGGGCGGAGGUCGGGUCGAUGCAUAUAGUGCACCGGGCGAGUCGCGCAGCGGCAUCGGCCGCGCGCGCCGUCUCUCGCGUGUCCUCCUUGGAACGAUGCUCCGUCGCGGUGAUCCCAACCACCGCGACAACCUCAGCGCUGGGCGCCGGAACCGGCCCCGUCCCGCUCCCGCUUCUCGGCGCGGCGACCCGGCGACGGCGAUGGCUCGCGGUUCCCGCCAACGCGGCGUCCCCGCAGCACGCCGCGAGCGCGAACGCGAACGACAAGCAAGCCACCGCGUCGUCCAGCCUCGCGUCGCAGCUCCGCGCAGGACUCGAUUACGAGCUUCGCAACGGAUGCCCCAACGCGCGCGGUAAGCAGUACGACGACUUUCAGCAGUUCCUCCUGAGCCACCUCGGCAGGCUGGGCGCGGCGUGCGACGUGAGCGGUGAGGGCGCGCUCGCGGCGGAGCUGGCGGCGAUCGCGCAGGACGCGCGACGGUACGCGGCGAUGGACGCGGAGCACCGCGACGGUCUGCUCCGAAGGCUCGGGUCCACGCUGCAUCACUCGCAGCAGAGGCGGCGGGCGAACGUCUCGCAGCCCCAGGCGCCGGAGGCCCCGCGAGCGUGGCGGCCCCCGAGCAGGGACGCGCCCCAACGCGCGCACGAACCCAAACAGCGCGCCAGCAGCGCCGCGCAGCGACGCGCGGCGAUGGACGGGCGGUCCGAAGGAAAUCCCGAGGGAACCGCCGCAUCCGCCGCGGGUCUCGACCUCGGCGGCGGGCGUUUAAACCUCAAACCCCCGGACGUCAUCGUCCCCGCGUCCGCCGCCCACCGCCAGCAGCAGCAGCAGCAGCAGCAGCAGCCGUCGGAGGUCCCGUGCGUCGUCGUCUUCGACCUCGAGACCACCGGUCUGAACAAGGACCGCAACCGGAUAAUAGAGAUUGCCGCGGUGAACGUCAGCGACCCGACGCACCAACCGAUGUCCACCCUGGUCAACCCCGGUCGGUUCGCCGUCCCGCCGCCCGUCGUCGCCCUGACCGGCAUCACCAACGCCAUGGUGAGCGCCCCCGCGGUGCCGUCGUUCCAACGCGCGGCUGAGUUAUUUCAGGAGUACAUCGACGAGGCGAGGAGGCGCUGCGGGGGCGCGAGCGUGCUCCUCGCGGCUCACAACGCGCGUCAGUUCGACGCCGGGUUUCUCCAGGCCGAGUACCGACGACUCGGUCGCGAGCUUCCGGAGGAUUGGAGGUUCGUGGACACGCUUCCGCUGGCGAGGAAAACCUUGGCGAAGGAGGCGGUCCCGGGGGGAAGUUACAAGCUCGAGUCGCUGGCGGCGCACUUCGGGGUUGACACGGCGGGGGCCUCGGCGCACAGAGCCGAGGCUGACGCCCGGAUGCUCGGGGACGUGCUGCAACGUCUGGUCGGGUGUUCGCUGGAGGGCACCGCGGGGACGUCCAUCGCGGCGGACGACGUCGAACACUCGGAGUUGGCGGAGGCGCUGAGCGCCAUGAAGACGUACUCGUUCUCCAUGGGCGACCCGGCGAAGAACUCGUUGCGGAGGCAGAUGGGGUCGUUGGGGUCGGCGUCGUCGGGCGACGCGCUCAAAUCGCACCGGGGAAACGGGCCCGCGCGGUGGUCGUCUCAGCAGCAGCAGCAGCAGUCGACGGCGCUCGGUUUCGGCGCGACGUCCAUAGUCACGUCCGACGGGGAGGACAUCGACGUCGAGUCGUCGGCGAACAUUCCGGAGAGCGAACUGGACGAUUUAACCUACUCAGACGACGGCGACGAGGAGGACGAUUCGUCGUCCGCGAAGGCGGAGGCGUUCUUCGCGCGCGAGGAGAAGGAGCUCGAGCGCGCGAGCGCGAGCGCGAGCGGCAAGCCCGAGAAGAGGCCGUUCUGGAUUCAGGCUGACCCGAUCAACGGAUUCGUGCCGGAGACGAUGGACUUUGCGAGGAUGGUGGAGGCGGAUGAGCAGGCCGCCGCGGCGUCCGCCGCCGGAGCCGGGGACGCGGAUCGAUCGGAGCUGCACGCUCUGCACGCCAAGCUGCGCACGGACUACGGCUCGUGGGAGGAGAUCCCGGUUGAUACGUUGAAGGAUCACGGCGUCUCAGCUCAGACUGUGAACAAGCUGCGGAAAGCCGGCGUGCUCACCGUCGAACAAACCCUGCGCUGUUACCCGCGAAAGUACCAGGAGUUCGCGCGGUUUCACGCGGGUAUGCAGGCGGGCACCGCGGUCCUGGUGACCGGUCGGGUGGUGAGCUACCUCAAGGCUCCUUACUCCCGCAAGGGUUGGGGCAAGACUCCCAGCACGCUCCUGAUCGAGUGCGACGACGGCGAGGGGAACACGGAGCAGUUCGAGCUCAAACUGUGGGAGUACGUCCAGAAGGAGACGGAGGCUGGUCUCACGCCCGGGGCACCCGUCGCGGUGCGCGGCGCGCUGUCCACGCGAACCGGGCGCGGACAUUUAACCCUCGACAAGGCCCAGCUCGCGGCGGGCGUUAACCCCGACGCGGAGGUGGACGUCGUGACCACCUACCCGAAGAAGCACGACAUCGCGCCCGACAGGUGGCACGAGGUUCAGACCGCCGCGGUCAAGGCUCUGAAGGAUCACAUACCCGCGGAUCCGAUGACGGUCAGCCUCGGCACGGAGAGCUCGGUGCUCCCGGAGCUUCAGCUCAUCUCGCACGUCGACGCCAUGCAGUUUAUUCACGCGCCGGCGACUGUGGACCAGGUGGUCGCCGCGCGCGAACGACUGGCGUUCGAGGAGCUCGUCCUGUUGCAGGUCAGUUUACUGCAGGAGCGAAACAGGGCGCAGAGGAGCGGGGGCGAGGGCGUGAGCAUCGUCAGCACGUCGAUGUGCGACGAGCUCCGCGGAGUCCUCGACUUUUCGCUGACCCGCGGACAGGAGACGGCGCUGGAGGAGAUCCUCCAGGACAUGUCGGGAACCACGCCCAUGCUCCGGCUGCUACAGGGCGACGUCGGAUGCGGUAAGACGAUCGUGGCGGCGCUCGGGCUGCUCGCGGCGGUCGGAAACGGCCACCAAGGGGCGUUCAUGGCGCCCACGGAGGUGCUCGCCACGCAACACGCCACGACUCUCGAGAACGUGUUCGGCAGACUCGAGAACCCGCCGCGCGUCGUGUUACUCACCGGGAGCACGCCGAAGAAGGAAAGAGACGCCGCGUUGAGGCUCAUUGAGAGCGGCGAGGGUCAAAUCGUCGUCGGGACGCACUCGCUCAUCUCCGAAGACGUCGUGUUCAAAUCCCUCGGACUCGCGGUUGUCGACGAGCAGCACAGGUUCGGGGUCGAGCAGAGAGCCGCGUUGGCCGGCAAGGGACCGGUGGGGGGCAAAGUGCGGCGUAAGGACCUCGCCACCGUCGCGGGGCCCAGCGAAAAGGAGGGUUGGGAGAACAGGAAACGCGCGGAUGAGAGGGAGGCUGACGGCGACGAGAGCGAUCGUGCCGCUUGGGCCGCCGCGGGCGACGACGCUACCGAGACGACGACCGUUACGACGACCGUUACGACCGACACCACCGAGUCCACCGACGACGACGACAUGGUGGAGUGGAGGCACGCUCCGCACGUGCUCGCCAUGAGCGCCACGCCCAUCCCGCGCACGCUCGCGAUGUGCAAGCACGGCGAGAUGGCGCUGAGCUCGAUUGACGAGAAACCCGCGGGCCGACUGCCGAUUUACACCAAACUGUUAAUCGGACCCGACGGCAUCGACGACGCGCACCGGGCGAUGGUCGAGGAGGUUCAAACCGGCGGGCAGUGCUACGUCAUCACCCCGCUGGUCAACGCGUCCACCGCGGACUCUUUCGAACGGUUCAAGAGCGCGGAGGUUGAGCACAAGCGCCUCGUCGAGAAGUUCCCGCAGAUCAAGUUCGGGAUCCUGCACGGCCAGAUGAACUCCGAGGAGAAGGCGGCGGCGCUCAAGGCGUUCGCGGACGGGCACACGCAGGUGCUCGUCGCCACCUCCGUCGUCGAGGUGGGCGUGGACGUGCCCAACGCGUCCGUGAUCAUCAUCGAGGACGCCGACCGCCACGGCGUGAGCACUCUCCAUCAGCUCCGAGGCCGAGUGGGCCGAGGCAGCCGGCAGUCCAAGUGCUUCCUGCUCGUCGGCGACGAGGCCGGAUACCCGAGCCAGCAGCGGCUGCGGGUGCUGGAGAGGAGCAACAACGGGUUUCACAUCGCGGAGAGCGACCUGCGCAUGCGAGGCGCGGGCGACCUGCUCGGAACCAGGCAGAGCGGGUCGCAGGUUUCCCUGUUUCACGCCUCUGUCGCCACCGAUCUGUUUCUGCUCGAAGCCGCUCGCCGCGCCGCGGCGGAGACGAUCGCGCGAGCGAACGUCCGCGGAGAGAACCUACCCGCGCCCCUCGCCAUCGCGCUCAAGGAUCGUCCGGCUUUAGUGGACCUCAACGUGUAG